UUUUCCUCACAUUUUGUCCCCGAAAAAAUUAUUCACAACUUCCGUGACUCCGUCUUCCGAACAUUUUUUUCAGGUGAAUUUUUCAGAUUUCUGAUGUUCCAUUUCCAAUUUCUUCCUCCGACGCUCACACUCGGAUUUCUGGCUUCACGUUUCGAUUCUCUUGCUCCGACACAGCUGCAGCUCAGAGAGAUUGGCAAUGGCGUCGUGGAACCCAGUUGCAGCUCUGACGGUGAGAGAGAAGCCACAGAUGCUCCAAGUUCUGUGCAGAAAGAAAGAGCGCGACAGAGGAAGAAGAGAUAGAGACCACCACUACCCUUACAAGGUCAUUGAAAUUACGCCUCCACCAAAGAGCCUCGGUGUUCGUUGUUUCCCCCUCAACCUGCAGUGUGGGGAGACUGUGACAAUAGAAGGCCAAGCUUAUACCAUUUCAGCUGUAACUCAUCGUUACCAGCUUCGGAAGGGAAAGUACGAGCCAAGCGAGAAGAGGCUUGAUGUUCUGUCCACAGGGAGAUACAUACUAAACUUAUAUCUAGAAAACUUGCUAGAACAAUCGUGACCUGCAGUUUUGGAUAAGACAGGUCUCCCAAGAUUAAGAAGCGAAUGAAGCUUGGCCUUGAUGCCUAGCUCAUGUUAAUAAAUUUUUUUCUUACUGUAGUUGAAAAUUAUUAAUCUGUAUAUCAGGAAAACUAUUGAUCCAGAAUAGGGCUCGGUACUACUAGAUGGUGUAGUGGAUAAAUUGUAUUUUCAUUCUGUUGUUAUUAUUAUUAUUAUUAUUAUUAUUUUGCUUACUUGGCUGCUGGUGUAUUGUUGUUUUAAUGUACUAAAAGAACAUAGUAAUACCAUUAUAUAAUCAAGGCUCUUCGGAACUUCCCUCUC